AUGUCAAAACAUAGGAAAGACCAAGGCUUGUCAAUGCUCUUUGACGAUGCGAAUGAUGGAAGGCUCACCUUUGAGACAACAUCCAGGAGUUCACAGGAGUUCCGUCCCAACGAAAGGCCUCAAGCUAGUCGCCCAAAAGAUCAAAUUGAUAGGGACACUGCUCCUCUUGAAGGGACAACAGUUACCAGAGAAUCGUACAGAGGAGGAGUCGGAGAGAGGUUCCCAAUAAUCCGCCCAAAGGACCAAAUUGACAGGAAUACUGAACGACUGGACACGGGCACUAUCACCAGAGUGGCGUAUAGAGGAGGACUGGGUGACAGAUUCUCAAUGGCUCGCCCUAAGGACCAGAUCGGAAGGAAUACAGACCCACUAGAUAGCAGGACCAUUACCAGAGAAUCGUACACAGGCGGAGUUGGUGGUAGGCCCAAGAUUAUCAGACCGACAUACCAAAUUGAAAGAACUAAUGAUCCUCUGGAUGAUACCACGAUUACAAGAGAAUCGUUCAAAGGCGGAGUCGGUGAGAGAUAUUCAUUAACUCGGCCAAAAGAUCAAAUUGAUAGAAGCACAGAUCCUUUGGAAGGGAGCACAGUUCAAAGAGAGUCGUACAAGGGAGGAACGGGUGACAGAUUCUCAAUGACUCGUCCAAAGGAUCAAAUUGGCUGGAAUACUGGUUCACUGGAUAAAAGCACUGUGAACAGAGAUUCCUACACGGGUGGAGCUGGAGAAAGGUUUACGGUGACUCGCCCCAAAGACCAAAUUGUCAGAAACACUGGCCCCUUGGAUGCGCACACGAUAAAUAGAGAAGUAUACACAGGCGGUGUUGGUGAAAGAUUUGCAAUGACUCGUCCUAAAGACCAAAUUGACAGAAGUACCGAUCCUUUGGAAGGGCACACGAUUAACAGAGAUUCAUACACAGGCGGUGUUGGCGAAAGGUUCUCAGUGACUCGUCCAAAAGACCAAAUUGACAGAAGUACCGAUCCUUUGGAUGGGCACACGAUUAAUAGAGAAGCAUACACAGGCGGUAUUGGUGAAAGGUUCGCGAUGACUCGUCCAAAAGACCAAAUUGACAGAAACACUGAUCCUUUGGAUGGGCACACGAUCAACAGAGAAUACUACAAGGGCGGGACUGGUGAGCGACAUCCGAUGACUCGCCCAAAGGAUCAAUUAGAUAUGAAUAGAGAUCCGCUAGAUGGAACCACCAUCAACAGGGAAUCUUAUAAAGGUGGACUGGGUGAACGGUUUUCUAUGACUCGUCCGAAAGAUCAAAUUGAUAGAAAUACCGAUCCACUUGAUGGUAGCACAACAAGCAGGGAAACCUAUAAAGGCGGAAUCGGUGAACGAUUCUUGAUGACUCGCCCUAAGGACCAGAUUGACAGGGAUAACGAGCCGCUUGACGGAAGUACUGUCAGCAGGGAAUCGUACAAAGGUGGAAUGGGUGAACGGUUCUCCAUGACUCGUCCGAAAGAUCAAAUUGAUAGGAAUACCGAGCCACUAGAUGGAAUUACCAUCAACAGGGAGUCUUAUAAAGGUGGACUGGGUGAACGGUUUUCAAUGACUCGUCCGAAAGAUCAAAUUGAUAGAAAUACCGAUCCUCUCGAUGGUAGCACAACGAGC